CAGGAAUGUGUUGAUUCAGAGCAUAGAGAAAAUGCUUUAACCUGUGACACAGACACACACAACAACAUCAGCGCUCAUAACGAGGACGCAGAAGUAGCAGAACCAGUUCUGAUGACACACGUGUGUAUUUAGUGGUUGGGAGCGUUAACUUUUAUCAAGAGCGUGUUUUAAUUGAAUACAUUUUGCAUGAGGUCAGCUCUGGAAACUUUUCAUCUUCUGUUGUUCUGACUGGAGACAGGGAUGGCUGGAAAGCCAUUCCGAGCCACGUACAUUUGGACGAACAUCAUCAACAACCUUCAGACGCAGGUGGAGGUGAAGAGGAGACGCCACAAUCUGAAAAUCUACCAUGACUGCUUUCUGGGCUCCGAGGCCGUGGACGUGGUUCUGGCUCACAUCAUUCAGAGCAAGUUCUGCGGAGAUGCUGAGGUGCCUCGUUCCAAAGCAGUCCGCCUCUGCCAGGCCCUCAUGGAGGCCAGAGUCUUUGAGGCGGUGGACACUAAGGUGUUUGGGAAAGAAAAGAGACAAGCCAAGUUUGAGGACAGCAGCUGUAGUCUGUACAGGUUUUUAAAUAGGCAAACCCCAAGUGCAUCAAGCUCAGAGACCAUUGAGAGUAGAUACGAGUCUCUCAGCAUACAGAGGAACACGUAUAGUCCACCCUUCAAAAGGAAAGAAGAUUCUGUGUAUUCAAACAACUCACCUGUCAAAACAGAUAAAUCUCUGGAGGAUGUUUUGGGAAAUCUGAACAUGAGCACAACCAUCACACCACAGAUGAUGAAUCUGGGGUUAUCGCAAGAGUUGAUGGAUGAGAUAUGGCGGCAGCAGACGGUACUAAGACUCUUACAGCUGAUUGAGCUUCCGCUUCUGGAGAGCCUGCUGGAGGGCCACGAGAGCCCUCGCCCGUCCCUCCACAGCAUGGACAGUGACCCAGACCUCCUCUACACCAGCAGCUACCUGGACCGUGAGAUCCUCAAGGCCUUCAGCGAGGCUCAAGCAGACAGCUGGCUGUCGGCGGCUGUGGACUGUCUGGAGUUUCUUCCUGAUCAGCUGGUGGUGGAGGUGAGCCGAGGACUGGCCAGGUGUGCGGAGGAGACGUCCCAGUACAAGCAGCUCCUCUACGGGACCCUCGCUCAGCACUACGGCCGGUCACACCACCCUCCGCUGCUCAGCAACUACAUCUUUGACAUCCACUCAGGCGUCUCCGAGCUGCUUGUGAACGGGAAGCAGGAGCAGGCUCUGGAGUCUCUUCAGCUCUGUCUGAAGCUGCAGGAUUCACGCAGUAGAGAGGAGCUCCGCAGGUUACUGCGCUUCAUGGCCCUCGCCGCCGGCCCUCAGGAGAUCAAACUACACAGAGAGAUAGAGAACAGAAUGGCAGUGAAGAGGGCGUUCUCCAAUGCUAUUGUGUAUGGGACUAAACUAGCCAAGGGCAAGGUUGAUCUUCUGGUUCUUUUCAUGACGGACCACCACCACGACCUCUUCAAAAUUCCCGUCACCCUGCACAAACUUGUAAGUGAUAAACUGUUGAGUGUCAUCAAAGGAACGGAUCCUGAUCUCAUCACAGGAAGCACGUACUGUCGCCGUCUGACUGGAAAAGAUUACCUGGAGACGGUUCAGAAGACCACCAGAGAGGAGCUGUGGACCUUACUGCAAACUAUUCACGAGAACUCGAAGCUGUCUCUGAAAGAGAAGCGCCGUCUGCUCGGACAGUUCUACAGAGGACAUCCCGAGAUAUUCGUGCAAUAUUUUGGCAACAGAAUAUCCAAUGUUUAUAUUUAAAGGACCUUCGUUUAAUAUUAUACUGUAUGAUAUGUAAAAAGUAUUUUGUGUGUUGUAAAUAUGUACAUAUUGUGGAAAAACUCAAUACUACUUUUAUGAGGGAAUGAGAUUUGUUUGACAAAUAACACAUUUUACUUUUCUUGAUCAUAAUUAUGACCACAACUCAAUCCUAUAUACAAAUUUGAAUACUUUAUAUAUAUGUGUGUGUUUGUGUGUGUACCUGGACCACAAAACCAGUCAGUUUUUUUCUGAAACUGAGAUUUAUACAUCAUCAUAAAGAUGGAUAAAUAAACUUUCCAUUGAUUUAUGAUUAGGUUGGAUAAGACAAUAUUGAUGAGAUACAACUAUUUGAAAAUCUUGAAUUCGAAAGUGCAAAAAAAAGAAUCAUAAUGUUGAUAAAAUUGCCUUCAAAGUUGUCUAAAUGAAUUCUUAGCAAUGCAUAUUACUAAUCCAAAAUUAAGUUUUAAUAUAUUUACAGUAUGACAUAUACAAAACAUCUUCAUGGAACAUGAUCUUUACUUAAUAUCCUAAUGAUUUUUGCUAUAAAAGAAAAAUAAUUUUGACCCAUACUAUGUUAUUUUUGCUAUUACUACAAAUAAACCCCAGAGACUUAAGACUGCUUUUGUGCUCCAGGGUCACAUAUUGUAGCCUUUUUCUCAUUUGUAAUUUAUUAUAAUAUUUUUAACCUAAACUGGAAAUUAUAAACUUUAAAAUACAUAUUCUCCAUCUAUCAUCAGGGUUGAAGAGUCCAGACGUCCAACAUUUUCUGUUACAGAUGAAUCUUUUCUUUGUUGUUAUGUAACAGGGAUGUCGUUCAGAAUGCAAAUAUAGACAUCCAAUAAAUUCCCCAAUAAAAAUGACAACAAAACUAAUUCAAAAUAUUGAUUAAAAAAAAAA